CCGAAGGGCGCCCGGGGGACUCGUUUGUCCUCAUUGACGUGUAUGAUUAUUAAAUGGUUUGUAACGAUAUUUUUGAACUUCAUCUCAAUAUUGCUACGUUUCUGCACCUCGUAUUAUUUUCGUUUCAGGGGAAUCAUGGUCGAAGACCCAGGCGCUCAGGACCUAGCCAGGCAACUGAUAGUCGAACAAGAACGAGUUUCCAAACUCAAAAAACUAAUCAUUCGUGAGAAAAGAAAUACUACUCUGUUGAAAAGUGAGAUAGAUCGCCUCACAACAGAACUCGCAGAGCUGCGAUUGAGAAAUUGUGCAUUGGAGUCUGACUUAAGCCAAUCAAAAUCACCGACGGACGGUAGUUCAGACGCUGAAACCGAGCCUUCAGCAACAAUUCAGAAUGAUGGAGAACCCAAUCUGCCACACCAGCUACGUGACUGUUUGCUACAACUUGAACAGCUGAAUGCCAUCUUGCGUCAGAAAGACGCUGCGAUGGCUGAGUUGCAAGCCAAGUGCGAUAGUGAACUGCACGAGCAUGUUCAUCGUAUCACGGAGUUAGAAGCAGAGCUUGAGUCGUCAAUGUCAACGAAAUCCCAGCUUGAUGACCUACUUGCUCAACUUGAUCUAUGCCGAAAACGAGAGUUCCAGUUACGCAAUGAGCUGGAUGAAUGUCAGCUAAAGCUCUCUUUAGAGGUGGAUAAGACCGGUCAGCUUCGAAAAGUUAUUGAGACUACGAACAGUGAAAACUGCGCAGGCGAACAGUUAGAAAGUUAUAAGCGGGAAAACGAACGGUUAUCCUUGGAGUUGCGGAGCCUCCAAGAACGGUGCAAGAUUCAUAACUGCUUUCUUGCUGGACCUCAGCAGGAAGUAAAUACCCUAUCACUCUCACAGGAUGCGUUACGAGAUCAACUGCACAAUUCAACUAUGAAAGACGAUGACGAUAAAGAUGAUAAAGGUCCGGUACUCAAUCCAGAAGAAAUCGAUGACCGUAAUCCAGGUACACGUUUUGAACAACUGCGCCGUCUUCUAAAGAGUGUGAAUUGUGAAAGUCCCUAUACCAUAAAUGAUGGUCAGCUUUUGCGCAAAUUUGUCUGUCUUCUGCUGCAUGAUGAUUCUUCUUACCCAAUAUUCAUGAGCAACGUUUGUCUUUCUUCCAAAUGCCCAGUCUGCGGUGAACGUCUUACUUCGUUAGACACCUGUAAAGAAAACCUACCCACACCACCUCGUCAACAGCCGACUGUAUCAACGGAGUGGAUCCAGCCAAAUCAACCGCACAUAUCCAUUGCCAUGAACAGCGAAGCCCUUAUUACGGGAAACAUGGAAGUUGUUUACGACUGCACACAAAAUAGUGAAUCUACUGAGGAUGCUAAUGAAAGACUUCUGGCUUUGGAAACUAAGGUUCAUGAACUGGAACUUCAUACAGUUGAACUUGUGGAGCGCGCCAAGCUGCAGACUGUUGAACUAAUGCAAAAGAUUGAAAUCCAAAGCGCUGACUACGACCACCUGAUUCGGGACAAAGAGGCGGAAAUUUCGGAGCUCCGUGAAACUUGCGACCGUUUGAUGGAUGAGACAAGUGCUUACUGCAACUUUUGCUACUCAAUUAUGACUUUCUACUGCGCCACCUGUGUAGCUUCUUCUCCCAAAGAAAACCUCACUGACUGGUCUAUGGCUGCGAAUACGCUGAAGGCGAAUGAUGGCACCCUUGGAAACCACAGGCUGACAAAACUCUUAGACUUGUUUGCGCAGGAACUAAUAAACCAUUUGGAUCGAAAUGUUACUCACGCAGAUCCUGCCAUCCAACAUUUUCAGGAAUCGACUAAAGCGGAAUACAAUGGCUUGCAAAUUAGUCUCAGCGAUGCACUAGUCCUAUUAGAGCAGGAAAAAGAACGAGCUUUUAAAGCAGAGGACGUUGUUCGCGACCUUACAGAACAACUUCAGAAGCAGGAAAAUAAAAUUAGUCGCAUGAAGUCGUUGUUGUUGCGGUUGAAACAGGAUGAACAGCAACAUAGCAAGACUUGCUCCGCCCUGGCGCAGGCGGAACUCACUGUAAACACAUUGAAGGCUGACUUGGAAGGAAGGCAACAAGAGUUGGAACAGAUCAGAUCUGCUAAAGACCAAUCAGAUUGUCUUUUAAAUUCACUACGUGAUGAUGUUGUGCGGUCUCAUGUGGUGAUCGAGGAUCUGACGGGAGAGCGCGAUUUCGCCGUUGAUCGGUUGAACAAGCUACAAAAUGAAUUUAAUGCUUAUAAAGUGAAGGCGUUGCACGCGUUGCGCGGUGUGCAACCGACAGAGGACACGGUACUGUUACCGUCUGAGAACUCAAUAUCCACCCCGAUAAACGGUACCACACACUCAAAUGAGCUGGAUCAACUGAACGAACAGAUGACUACAAUGAAGCACCUUGCUGAGGAGGAAUCGCUCCGCGCAUCUCUCGCACGAACAGAGUGCGACUUACUGCGGGAGGAACUGAUCGAACUCAAACGCAAAUAUGGAGAUUUGUUGAAAGAAUUCAACGAUCAGCGACAACGUUGGGAAUCUCAGCUAGCUACAUACACAAGUGAACGUUGGCGGUCUGCAAAAAUUCGGGAAAAAGAGUUAGAAGAAAAGCUGGAAAGCGAGCGACAGCGAUUCGAAUCACAAUUACAUUCCGAAAAAUUGGAACACCAACGAGCUUUCAAUAGUGAACGCUCCCUAUGGGCUGAACGCUUAGAACAGGCCAACGCACGUAUCCAAUCCUUAGAAGAACACUUAGAAGGACUCCAGAGAAGAGAUUAUCACAACGGACCAUAUCGUCAUGACUCAGUUGUUACCCCGACUCCAGACUCAUACUUACCUCACUCACCGAAAUUUCUUCACAAUCGUGUCCAAGGUGAUGGGGCAGAUAAUGUGGCUGCUUCAGGCCACAUCAGUCCAUCAGAAGAAAACGAAUUCCGCUCACCUUCACAUUCUCCGUCCAACUCCUCGGAUUCACAGUCCCGUAGAUGGCCUGCAGAGAGAAAGUUGAACGGAAUCCGACCCUUCCUCCCAUUGGAUCAACUCCUAAGCAGUACCAAAUGUGCUUCCCAUGAUCCUAUAUCUCCCUCCAGUGUGAGCAGUCCAAGGUCAACUCGGACUUUCAGUGCGGAAUUCGCAACCAAUUCGACUUCCAACUUCAACGACCCGACCACCACUUUGCAGAUAUCUGGGUUGCGCAACGCUCUGCAUAACCAACAGCGCCGGGUUGAGCAUCUCUCUGAACUUUUACACGAAAGCGAGGCUACCGUAGGCCGUUUGGAAGAACAAGCGAAGGUUUUGAAAGACGAAAUACGUCGCCUAGAGAAACUGGUCCACCUUGGUUCACAAUUCCCACUUUCGAAUCAGACAUCACAGCCGACCGCUUCCUCGGUGAAGGAUACUGACGAUGGCGAGGUUUCACAGCCGACCAUUUCCGAGGAUGCCAUCUUACGAACCGAAUACUUGAAGAACGUUAUUUUAAAGAUAGUUAGUUUGCCGAGUGAUUCAUCUGAAAGGGCACAGCUAGCUACUGUCUUAUCCACAAUGCUAAUGUUGACUCCAGCAGAGGCCCAGCUCCUAGAGCAACAUCAGCAGCAGUCUACAGAAACCAUUUCCGGUGCAUCUUGGUCCAGUUACUUACUGGGCUGGAGACGAUAAUUGUGUGUCAUUUCUCUUGUAGAAGCUGCACCCAUACGUGCUCUUUCUAUUGUGGAUUUCCAGAUACGAAAACCACAGUUUCUCUGAUUGGUAACCUCUGUUCUGUUUGCGGAAUUCAGAAUGAAUGCAUACUUUGCUUAUUGGACCAGUUUCCCUUCAAUGUUGUCUUUCAUCCCUCACUUCCAGUUUUUCAUUAGUUCUCCUUUGUCUGUUUUAUUCCUACCGGCUGUUGCCUUUGUCUUGUAUCAAUUGCUUGUACCAUUUCAAAGCUCUUCUGUCAACGCGUGUUCUGCAUUCUGUUGGAGACCACUAUUAAACCAGAAGUUCGCUCACUGCUCUACUGUGUUGGAAGAGUUUUUUAAAUAUAUUAACG